UUGAUUAGUUAUAGAUAUCAUGGAUAUAAUAAUAAGAGCUGCUUCUGUUUUAGGUUUGGUUUUUAUUUGUAUUUGGCACGCUGAGGGAAACAGAGGAUAUUCAUACGCAGAUUGUACCUACGUGCAGGGAGACUUUGAAAACACGUUCUAUGGAGGUCGCUGCUUUUGUUACACCAGCCCAGUAAUCAAAUAUAAAGAUUACUGGUCCACCUUCCAGGUCCAGGUAUCAAGUAAAGAUGAAGUCCAUGUUGUGUACCCCAUGGAGUCCAAAAGCUGCCGCGAUACUGAAAAUCCUCUAACGAUGGCGACGUGCAUGAUUGAACAGUACUGGCCCUACAGUCUGCAGAAGGAGAGGAGUGAGAACAUUCCACUGGCUGGAGAAGAGGUUUAUUUCAUGACCAAAUCUACGAAGAACAGCGCAGAGUACACCCUCCGUGUGUCCAAACAGAGGUUCGACAAGGUGCGUUUUGCACAGUUUGUCGGCGGACUCGUGCUGUUUUUCUUUGCUGGAGCCAUAUGCAGGAGCUCGUUGUUCUUCUACACCUCAGGGAUCUUACUGGGAACGGUCUCGAUUUUAGUGCUCCUGCUUCUGGUCCUAAAAAGCUUUGUACCAGAGGUGAGCAACACACAGCAGGGGCUCUUCGUGUUGUUGUUCGGUGCUGGUUCUGGUCUCUCCUACCUGGGCUUUCAGAAGCUGAUAAACGAAUGGGAUAAAGUGAUGAAUCUCUACUGGAGGGAAGUUCUAGGGUAUCUGCUGCUCUCAGGUUUGGUGAGUUUCGCCCUCUGCUACAGAGUCGGCUCCAUCAGAAACAAGCGCGCGCUGAACUCGCUGACCUGGACGCUGCAGGCCGCGGGCACGGCGCUGGCGUGCCACGGCGUCACCUACGCCCCCGUGUCCUGGAAACUGCUGGCCGCGCUGCUGGUGUGGAAGAUCCUGCCGCUGGUGUUAACCAUCCUUCUGGGGAUUUUGAGACAAACGUACUCUCUGCUGUCAGCCUUUCUGGGACUGUUCAGGAGGCGACGCUCUAAAAUCAGACUGCUGAGCGAGGCGGAGUAUCGAGAACAGGGAGAGAGAUGCACUACUGCCGCCCUGGAGGAACUGAGGAAUUACUGCAACAGACCUGGAUUCCCUGCCUGGGACACGGUGUUACGACUCCGCCACCCACAAAGGUUUGCGGAGUUCAUGCGCAGUGGAGAACAGGUGACUCCCUCAGAGCUGCAGAACCACGAUCACCACUACGGACUGGGAGCAGAGUACGACGAAGACGCGCUCCGAGCGCCCGCCACGUCAGACGACCUCAGCGAAGACGAGCUGAAAACGUACAAGCCCAGACCUUCAUGCUCCUUCUCCUCUCUUCCUCCCAUCCCUCUUCCUCCUCCUCCUUCUUAUCUAGCCCUGCCCACCCCUCCUGCCUGUAAAGACUUAAUCUGCCCCUACCCACCUACCCCACCUAACCUAGCUGCCUCACCUAUGCCCUACUCUCCACCAGUCCUGUCCGCAUUCACAGAGGACGAUCCAUUUUAACCCAGACGGACUGCUUUUUUUAGUCCGGAGAGACUGAUUUUAAACUCUUUUACUGUUUUUUUAAUCAUGUUUAUUAAGAUUAAGAUGAUCAUGAUUGUAUAUAGCCAGUUAGUGUACAUAUCCUUCAAUUUUUUAUUAAUUUUACUGGACGGAUAGAUUUUAAAGGAAUUUUCCAGCACGUCUUAGUCUGACCUCUAAUCACUGCAUUUGUACCACAAAUUUUACCACAUACACGAAACCAUACAGAAAUAUGAGAGAAAUAUUUACAAUUAUACUGUAAGAAUAGAAAUAUAAGCUUGGAUUUAACACUAGAUGGCCAAAUGUACGUGUGCAGCCCUCAACUUCUCAGAGUUCAGGUGUUUCAGCCACACCCGCUGCUAACAGGAAUAUAAAAUCAACUAUAAAACUAAUUCUAUGCUUCCAACGUAGUUGCAGAAGUUUAGGGAACAGCACUCGCAAGCCGUGCCUUCGAUAUUCAGAAUGUGUAUUUACUAAGAUUUUAACAGCUACCGUCUUUGUUUUAGUCGUCAAAAUAGAAGGACUAACUGAAUGUUAGCAAACAAAUGUAUGGCUUUUAACUUAAAACAAUGUUUGUUAGGCUAAUAUAUCACUGCUGGUGGUGUCCUACCUCGACGUUAGACGCUAGAAUCACUCUUAAAUAGUUCCAUGCAAAGAUAAUCAUGUCGUCAGAUUCGUCCCUCUGAAGCUAUAGUCCCAUUUUAAGAGUUUACUCCAGUCUUUAAGUGGUACGGUGGCUUAGUGGGUAGCGCUGUUACCUCACAGCAAGAAGGUCCUGGGUUCGAUCCCCAGGUGGGGCGGUCCGGGUCCUUUCUGUGUGGAGUUUGCAUGUUCUCCCCGUGUCUGCGUGGGUUUCCUCCGGGCGCUCCGGUUUCCUCCCACAGUCCAAAGACGUGCAAGUGAGGUGGAUUGGAGAUACAGACCGUGUUUGACAUUAAACUUGUCAUGAAACUUGUAAAACAUGACGUUAAAAUCCUAAUAAACAAACAAACAAACAAUGUUUCUUAGGCUAAUACGAGGGUUCUUCAAAAGGUUUCCUCACUUUCUUUUAACUCUAUUUAUUAAGAAUUUAAAACAAACUCCAUCACUUUUCUACAUCGUCGCCUUCCGAUACAUUUUUCCAGCGUCGUACCGACUUUUUAAUGCCGUCAGCAAAAAAACGUUUUGGGUCGAGCUCGUAGCCACUGAUGCAGCGCUGCUUUCACAUCAUCAUCACAUGAAAAUCUUCUUUGAGCGUCCAAAAAGGUGGAAAUCAGAUGGAGCUAAAUACGGACUAUAAGCGUCUCCCAGACACGACCGAUUACUCCUCCUCCACCCUCACCCACCGCUUAUAACCACAUUAUAACAGUGAGGAAACUUUUUGAAGAUCCCUCUGUGUCCUAUCUCAACGUUUAAUGCUGUGAUUCAGGUAAAAUCACGCCUAGAAAUUGUGUCAGAAUGGAAUAGGUUCUUAAAUAGUUUCAUAGAAAGAUAAUUAUGACGUCAGAUUCGUCCCUCCAUAUUGAUAGUCCCAUUCUUGAAAUGAUGCGUUGUUGUUUAGUCCUAAAAGUCCUGGAUUCCUAAAAGCAGCGUUUUUAAAAAUGCCUAAAUCUUUGUGCCGUUUAUUUACUAGUUUCACAGUUUACAAUCAUGUUUACAAAUGUGUGGAAGUUCUGGACAGAAAUACAUCCUGAACAGGUUGCGAAUUCAUACACACACCUACAGGAGGUGGUAAGAAAAGUGGAGGACCCAGAGCACCCAGAGGAAACGCACGUACACGGGGCGAACAUGUAAAACUCCUGACUCCCUGCAGCAUCCUCUCCAACAUCUAGAUAUAUUCGAACCUAGGGGCAAUUUAGUGCAGCCAAUUUACCCACUGCAUGUUUUGGGAGGUAAGAAACCGGAGUACCCAGAGGAAAUUCAGGUGGAUAUACUGUAGAAUAGGUAAAAUAUUGCAGCCGGUGUUGAACCCUGGAAACCUUGGAAGUGCUGCGGGCUUUAGUCGAAAAGGAUAAAAUAAUCGGACUAGAGUGUUUUAAUUUAGAUAUUUUCACAACCAUGUGUGGGGCGGCACGGUGGCUCGAUGGGUAGCACUGUCGCCUCACAGCAAGAAGGUCCUGGGUUCGAUCCCCAGGCGGGCCGGUCCGGGUCCUUUCUGUGCGGAGUUUGCAUGUUCUCCCCAUGCCUGUGUGGGUUUCCUCCGGGAGCUCCGGUUUCCUCCCACAGUCCAAAGACGUGCAAGUGAGGUGAAUUGGAGACACUAAAUAUAUAUAAACUUGUGAACGGAUGAACCUUGUGUAAUGAGUAACUACCGUUCCUGUCAUGAAUGUAACCGAAGUGUAAAACAUGAUGUUAAAAUCCUAAUAAACAAACAAACAAACGAACACAACCGUGUGUGAACACAGCACAGGUGACGUGUGACAAACACAUUCGAACACAUUCGAACACAUUCACCUUUUAGGAUUUGUACAAAUCACUGUAAAGGAUGUCAAUAUGGAAUCAUCACACACGUUGAAGUGACAGUGUUUAGUAAUCAGACACACUGUGGGUGUGGUAGAGGUGGAUUAGGUCAGAAAUGCUGGUUUAUUCCUUUAAUCAACAAAUCUAAGCUUAAGCUCUCAGUUUCAGUCCUGUACAGUAUAGUUAGUCUAUGUAUAUAUAAAUAUAAAACUACUGUAUAUUUCUGAAGGUGAUGUUCACUGUUCUCAGGUACACCAGACAGGCUACAGGCAUUUCAUCUAUCAGGUCAACACUGCACCCUAGUGAUGGCCUCCAGAAUAAUUCUACAUGUUUUAUUUUACU